AAGGAUCAUGGCGGAUGGCCCCAGGUGUAAGCGCAGAAAGCAGGCGAAUCCGAGGAGGAAUAACGUAACCAACUACAGUAAUGUGGUGAAGACCCCUGGCUCAGACUCAGAUGAUGAGGACAAGCUGCACAUCGUGGAGGAGGACGGGAGUAUGGCAGACGGGGCCGACUGUGACAGUAACGUACCCAGUGAAGAUCACAACGGAGACCACUGGGAUGAAGUGAGGGAGGAGUGUGGUUCAGACGGGGAGGACGAUGGCAGGACAGAUGCUCUGGUGGAAGAGAUGCUGCAGCAGGGAGACACAGCCGUCAUUUACCCAGAAGCUCCGGAGGACGAGCCACGCCAGGGGACCCCCGAGGCCAGCGGACAUGACGAGAACGGCACUCCGGAUGCAUUCUCCCAGCUCCUCACCUGUCCCUACUGCUCACGCGGCUACAAGCGCUACACGUCCCUGAAGGAGCACAUCAAGCUGCGCCACGAGAAGAGCGAGGACAACUUCAGCUGCUCCCACUGCAGCUACACUUUUGCCUACCGCACACAGCUGGAGAGACACAUGACGGCCCACAAAGCUGGUAGAGACCAGAGGCACGUGACGCAGUCGGGGGUCAACCGAAAAUUCAACUGCACCGAAUGUGAAAAAGCAUUUAAGUACAAGCACCACCUGAAGGAGCACCUACGCAUCCACAGCGGAGAGAAGCCAUACGAGUGCUCCAACUGUAAGAAGCGUUUCUCCCACUCGGGCUCCUACAGUUCCCACAUCAGCAGUAAGAAGUGCAUCAGCGUGAUCUCAGCAGUCAACGGCCGCCCCCGGCCCGGCGCCAAGGCCUCCCAAUGCCCGUCCCCAGCCAUGCCCGCCUCACCCUCCUCCACACAGAUCUGGGACAAACCCUUCCAGGAGCAACUACCCCUCAAUCAGAUCAAGAGUGAGCCAGUGGACUAUGAGUACAAGGCCAUGGCGGUGACUCCAGCAACGACGGGAGUGAACGGUCAUGGAGGAGGGGUGUUAAACGGGGGUGCGGCAGCCCCCCUGCAGGGUGCAGUGCAGGCAGUGAUGCUCCCCACCAUGGGUCUGGUAUCUCCUAUCAGCAUCAACCUGGCAGACCUGCAGAACAUCUUGAAGGUGGCAGUGGACGGGAACAUGAUCAGACAGAUGUUGGAGAACAACACCAAGGCAGCAGGGACCGGCACAGGGGCGACGGGUGUUCCUCACCAGCAGCUCAUCUCAGCCAUCAGUCUGCCCAUCAUCGGCCAGGACGGCAACGCCACCAAGAUCAUCAUCAACUACAGCCUGGACCCCAGCCAGACCCAGACCCAGCUCCAGACCCAGCUUACUGCCCAGAACCAGAAGAAGGAACCUCAGACCCUGCCUACAAUGCCAGGCCAGCCCCGGGCUCAGCCCCAGGCCGAGGCUGCCAUAGAGCCCUGCAGCAAGGCCCAGCAGAGACUCCCAGAGGACCUGACACUCAAAGAGGAGACCACUAAGACCUGCCUGCUCUGUGACAACUGCCCCGGCGGUCUGGACUCGUUCCACGCACUCGAGCACUGUAAGAAAGCCUCAGGCCUCAGGAUCAAUGGGGACAAAUCAGAGUCGGUACUGUCCGAGGGGGUCGGGAACCAGCCCAAGAACCUCCUGUCCCUCCUUAAGGCCUACUUCGCCUUAAACGCUGAGCCCACCAAGGAGGAGGUCAGCAAGAUCUCAGACUCAGUCAGCCUGCCCACCGACGUGGUCAAGAAGUGGUUCGACAAGAUGCAGAUAAGUCAGGUCUCACUAGGGGCUCCGACCCCUCCGUCUGAGGAAGAGGGACCCUUGUCUGAGAGUCCUGGGGCCACAGUUGUGUCCCCUAAGGUAAGACCAGAGCAGAACACAGAGGGUCCCACCAUGAUGCAGUCCAGCCCAGCCGAGGCCACUCCGGCUGAGGUUAACGGCUCCAUGCGCUCCCCGGCCUCCCCCACACCACUAAACCUGACUGCCGGGGGGCCCGUCCCAGCCAAACCCUCCUCAUCGGACAGCACUGAUGGCCCUCUGGACCUGUCUCUACCAAAGCCCACCCGAGAGGAGGCCGCAGCCGCCGCCACCUACCACGCCACUGUUUACUCCCAUCAGGACGAACCCCUGAACUUGACGAAGACUUGCACAACCAAGAAAGAACUUCUGAUCGCCGGCCACCAGGUGACUAGCCAACCUGUGUCCCUGUACACCGCCAGCCCACAAAGUGCCAACCCCAUCAGUAUCAUGACCACUCAGCUGCCCAGCGGGACCAUUUAUGCCAUCACUGACCAGGGCCGUGCAGGCAUGCCCUGUCUCCGGGCGGUUACCACCAGUAACAACCAGACUAUCCUCAUCCCACAGCUGGCCUACACCUAUACCACUACAGCUACAGCCAGCAGCCCUGCAGGGACAGAGACACAGGAGAAGACCACACUGCAGAUCAACGGCAUCAAGGAGGAGCGUCAGGACACCAGCUCAGAGAGCGUGUCCACCAUGGAAGAGCUGAAUGACUCAGACUCCGCCCCUUCCAGGAAGAAAAUUAGGAAGACUGAGAGCGGGAUGUACGCCUGCGACCUGUGCGACAAGAUCUUCCAGAAGAGCAGCUCUCUGCUCCGACAUAAAUACGAACACACAGGCAAGCGUCCCCACGAGUGCGGCAUCUGCAGGAAGGCCUUCAAACACAAGCACCACUUGAUAGAACACAUGCGUCUCCACUCCGGAGAGAAACCCUACCAGUGCGACAAGUGUGGCAAGCGCUUCUCUCACUCGGGCUCCUACUCCCAGCACAUGAACCACCGUUACUCCUAUUGCAAGAAAGAGGCGCAGGAAGGAGGUCAGGGAGGUAUAGGGGAGGAGGUGCUGGAGGAGGAGAUGGAGAGCCCUGUGGGGUUGGCCCUGGGCCUGGGAGGGGAGCAGCAGGAGCAGUCAGACAGCAGGCCCACCUCCUCCCACCUGGACUCUGACGAGCGAGGGAGCAGCACCAGGGAGGACGAGGAGGAGAGCGAGGAGGAGGGAGAGGAGGAGGACAUGGAGACAGCAGCAGGGGAGGAGGAGGAGGGAGAUCCGGACAGAGUUCUGGAUAUGGAUGAUAUACAGGUGGUGCGGAUAGGAGACGAGGGAGGGAACGAGGAGGAAGAGGAGGAGGAAGAGGAGGAGGGGGAGAGGGAAGAAGACACUGGUCAAGAGGAGGGAGAUAAUGAGGAAGAGCAGGGAGUGGAGAGAGUAGUGGUAGGGGGUGAAGGGGAGGAAGGAGAAGAAGAGGAAGAGGAGGGAGUAGUGGGGGUUGAAGUAAAGGAGGAGCAGGAGGAAGAGGAGGUUACAAGGGAAAAGGCAGACACAAGGCAAGAGGAGGUACAGGAGAACAGGGAGAAAGAGCAGGAACAGGCUGAGAAGCAGGUGGAGGAGGAGCAGGCUGAGAAGCAGGUGGAGGAGGAGCAGGCUGAGAAGCAGGUGGAGGAGGAGCAGGCUGAGAGGCAGGUGGAGGAGGAGCAGGCUGAGAGGCAGGUGGAGGAGGAGGAGGCUGAGAGGCAGGUGGAGGAGGAGCAGGCUGAGAGGCAGGUGGAGGAGGAGGAGGCUGAGAGGCAGGUGGAGGAGGAGCAGGCUGAGAGGCAGGUGGAGGAGGAGGAGACUGAGAGGCAGAUGGAGGAGGAGCAGGCUGAGAGGCAGGUGGAGGAGGAGCAGGCUGAGAGGCAGGUGGAGGAGGAGCAGGCUGAGAAGCAGGUGGAGGAGGAGCAGGCUGAGAAGCAGGUGGAGGAGGAGCAGGCUGAGAGGCAGGUGGAGGAGGAGCAGGCUGAGAAGCAGGUGGAGGAGGAGCAGGCUGAGAAGCAGGUGGAGGAGGAGCAGGCUGAGUGGCAGGUGGAGGAGGAGCAGGCUGAGAAGCAGGUGGAGGAGGAGCAGGCUGAGAGGCAUGUGGAGGAGGAGGAGACAAUAGACACAGAGAAAGGAGUGACCUCGGAGGACAAGGAAGAGUCAGGGGAGAGGGAGGCGGAGGAAAGUGAGGUCAUGAAAGAGAAUGAAGGUGAAACAAACAGGAACACUGUUUCAGAAGACGAGAACCAGACACCGACAGGAGAGAAAGGAGAUACAAAUUAA